GCAAAUAUUACUUCUCAAAAAUAUCACUUUUUAGAAUCCAACCGCUUUGAACAUUCUUUUGCCAAAGCGAGUUUGCAAAUCUAAAGCUUUGCAAUGACAUCCUACCAUGUUUCUCAUGAGUCAUAUCGACCAUCAGGUCCUUCACCACUGUACCAACCGGGAAUAGAGGCUCCGCCACCACCGUAUCCACCAACGAGAACGAGGUAUCAAGACUACUACGGCGGCUAUGGUCAGCCGCAUCCACCACCACUGCGUCCAUAUAGAUCAGAUGAAUACUACAACGAAGGAGAAUAUGAUGGUUGCUUUCCUUUUCUUAGAAGAUGUUUGACGGCGCUAUGUUGUUGCUGGUUUUUGGAACAGUGCUGCUUUAGAAGUCGUUACUAAUUCUUGUAUGAGAGAAUGUUUACUCUCUCUAUACUCUACUCUUUUGUUCUGUUUUACGAGUUGUAAAUUAGAAUUGGUGUUUUGUUUAUGAAGAAGCAUGGAGUUCUAAGAAAUAAAACAAACAACAUUAUGGUUUAAUUUGAUAA